GGUGGACGUAGCUCGCGGCCAGCUUACCUGCCCGGCUGCAUGGUCCUGCGGGCCUGGCGUGCGGGAGGGCGGCCGCACUGGGCCUGAAGGCUUCGGGCUCAGUCCGGGGGCCUGGUCUGCAGCCGGGUCGGGCAGAGCGUGGAUCCGAGCACAGGGGGGCAUCGGGCCGUGGGGUGAGGACCUGGCCAGCGUGGGGUUGCGCAGACCUGGGCUCGCAGCACUGUUUGCAGGCUGGGGCAGGGCGAAAGGAAAAGCAAGUCUUGCCAUAGGGAUGGCUCGGAUUUCUCAAGGCCUUAAUCCUGGCUUAGGGGCUUGAAAUAGGGGUCUUGAGGGGGAGUAACCAAGUGCAUCUCCUGAACAAACCACUAACUUCCUCCUCCCUCCUGGGACAGUGACCCUUAGGGUCCACUCGUCUCACAGUGUGACAGCUCCACAAACCCCAGGGCCGGCCAGGAGGCCACCCCUCUGUGCUCCAGCAUUAGACCCUGAAUUCCUCUCCGGACCGGGGGCCAUGGUAGCCACGGAGGGGUCCAGGUUCCCUCCUUCCCUUCCCGCUCCCUCCCCCUCUUCUGUGAGGCCCGGGGUUGGGGGCCUCUCUGGAGCCUUGCUCAGUAGCCCCAGAAGUAAGUCCUCAGGAGUGAGGGGUCACUGACGCCCCACUGACCCUGGAGACUGAGGCCUGGCCCCGAGGGAGUUGAUGUUGACGAGUGUCCAAUGGUGUGUUCACAGCAGAUAGACUGGACGGAGCCCUGGCUCCUCGGCCUGGUCGUCUUCCACGUACUCUGCCUGCUGCUCACCUGUGUGUCCUCCCGGCGAUACGAACUGCAGGUCGGGCACUUCCUGUGCCUCGUCACCUUGGUCUACUGUGCUGAGUACAUCAAUGAAGUGGCCGCCAUGAACUGGAGGUCAUUUUCAAAAUACCAGUAUUUCGAUUCGAGGGGGAUGUUCAUUUCACUAGUGUUUUCGGCGCCGCUGCUCCUCAACGCCAUGAUCAUCGUGAUCCUGUGGGUCCGGAAGACGCUGACUGUGAUGGCCGACCUCAAGGCCCUGCAGCAGAAGGUGAAGGAGCGGAGGAAGAGGAGGAAGGAGGAGUAGUGGCGCAGCGGCCGCAGCGUUCCUGGAGCUGUCCCGUCGCCGUCUUGAGAACUAAGUGCUGGCGUGGCAGGCCCGUCCCAGCAGCCACCGUCGUUUGUAAAGAUGGUUUUCACCGCGACCCUGUUUUGUCUGCAGCUAAUUUUGCUCAGGUUGUCUCUGCCGGUCGGUUAUGUGACCUGGGUUCCUGCAGGAUUACGAUGUGUAAUAAUAAUCCCCCCAAGUCAUAGCGUCCAGGGUGUUACCUCGGUCAUCAGUGACCGGACACACAGUGACAGGUGGGUCACGCGGCUCCGGCACGAAGCCCCAGGUGGUGGACGGAGCUGGGCCUUUCUGGAGCCGGCUCUCGGAGGAGUCACGUCGCGGGCUGGGAGCUGGUCCAGCCGAGUUGAAAGUCCCUGUCGCCACAGUGCAGUGCUGGUGGGACGAAGGCACCGGCUGGUGGGCCGGGUUCUCCUCCACAGGCCGCUGCCCGGCUUUCUCCACCGGCAGAGAGUAGCGAGGCCACGGCCACAGCUGAGGCCCCGGGGUCUUCGGGGCCUUGGAGGUCAGCACAGUGGCCCUGCACGGACCGGACACUUGGGUCCUCACAAGCCCCUGGUAUGAAGCUAAGUGUCCACACGUCUCAGCCCCUCUCCACACGCUCCGGGGGGUAAGGCCCCCGCGGUGCCGUCAGCCGCUGAGCGCCUGGGUGAUUAUUGACAGCAGGUGCCCCUUCAGAACAGUGUCGCUCACGUCACAAACCAGCGGAUUUGAAAUAAAAAACCAACACAGCAGCCGCCCACGCUGUAGAACACACUCUCCCGUGUGUUCAAAACAAACACCCGCGGGCUGUGUCCUGGACUGGAGCCUCCAGUUACACUGAACAGAUAGCACUGAGCUAAGCAGUUCCCAGCGUGUCCGAGUGGUGUUAACUCCAUACAAAACGGUCAGGCUGAUUCUCACGCCUGGGCACCGUCACGUGUCACCGCUUCCCCAGGUCCCCUGGUUCGCUCCCAGCGCGGUGCGGCCCCAGGCGUGUGACACUGGUCACUGGCGGGGUGGGCGUCCUCCAUCAGCCCCCAGAUGACCUGACCCAAAUGACAGCAGUGCCGGGGCAGAAACCGGGAACUUGAACGGGACCCCGAAGCGAGGUCCUGACAGGACGCUACGUCUCAGCAUCCUGGACCCUCCCCGCGAGGCCGGGCCCUGGGAACCCCAGGCUCUGUCCUGGGACGAAGCAGAACAGGCUCCUUCGCUGCUCCUUUUGGUUUGAUUCCCGGCCAGGGCACAGGCCUGGUAGGGGGCGUGCAGGAGGCAGCCGGUCCAUG